CUCCACAAACGUCUGUCACCAUUUUUCAUAAUGCUAAACAGCCUAACUUCCGUUACAUCCGGAGCGUACCCCCCUGCGUCUAUUGACCCCCUCUAAUACCCGGGCCUUGAAGUCUUUUGAAGAGGACCAGUCUCGUCUCUCCCCUCGGACUGUGACCGGUCGCUGGGUGCCAUGGCGUUGCACUGCCUGGCGGCCGUGGCGCGCUGCUGUCGCGUGCAGCCGCUGCCGCUGUCGUCCGCCGCUGCCGGCCUGCCCGCCGUCCAGGCCGCCCUCAUCUCCGGUAAGACGAUGCGCGGCGGGCCCAAGAGCUGGAUCAAGGAGCCGUGGCCGUACAAGGAGCGACCGUACCGCGGACUCAAGUCGUUCUUCGACACGACGCGCAGCCGCUGGGACGAGAACACCCGGCUGAUCGUGGUAGAAGGCCCCCCGGCGGCCGGCAAGGAGGUGGUGGCGCGCGCGCUGGCGGAGGAGUUCGAGAUGCAGUACAUGCCGGCGGCGUCCGGAGACCUCGUCUACAUCAACGACUACGGCUACGACCUGCGGCAGCUGAACGACAAGCUGCCGCACAAGUUGAAGCUGCUGCAGAUCGACGACUUCCUCAAGAACCCGUACGAUAGCCGUAUGGGCUCGUUCCAGAUUAACUGGUUCGAGUUCAAAUUGUCGCAGUAUAUUGACGCGUUGGCCCAUCUAAUGAAUACCGGCCAGGGCGUAGUGAUGAACAAGUGCGUGCUCAGCGACUUUGUCUACAUGGAGGCCAUGUGUAACGCUGGCUUCGUCAGCAGGGGAGUACGGAGCGUGUACCGGGAGAUCGCCCAGCAGUGUAUGCCGUUCCUCCAGAGGCCGCAUCUGGUCGUCUACCUGGACAUCCCGGUCGCCGAGGUCCAGAAGAGGAUCAAGGCGCGGGCGCGACCGAACGAGGUGGGCUCUCCAGCGCUGACCGAUCAGUUCCUCCAGUCACUAGAGGCCACCUACAAGGAAAGCUGGCUCAAGAGCAUCAGUGAACACUCUGAGGUGCUGACCUACGACGUCAGCCAGGAGACUAUCGUCGAACACAUGGUGGAUGACAUUGAGAAGCUCAACUUUGAGCAGUACGGCUUCCAGACGGACAAGAUGUCCGACUGGAACCGCAAAUCGGACGACGAGUGGGACGCCUGCCGCACACAGUACACCAACUACAAGGAUCACCUGAUGCAUAACAUGCUGGUGCCCCGGUUCGACGUACCUGAGCUGAUGGCCGAACAGGAGGACAUGAAGGUCUUCUACGAGCUCUACCACGAGACGGCGCCCGGACAGAAGUACCGGUUCGGUUUUAACCCGUCCAUGGGUGACUCCGUGCUCUUCAAACUGGGCGAUGGCGGCAAGUACCGAGACACCACCAAGUAUUGAGCGGCGAGCCUUUACCCCCGCUGACCUCCAGUGACCCCCGGUGACCUCGGGUGACCUCAGCACGGUCAGGGGCCGCGACUGGAGGGCGAUGCUUGAUCGGCCGGUAUCGUAGCUCAGCUUGGUGCUCGGUUUUUGUCGGUGGUGAGCCCCGGGGUCUGUGCAUACCGUUCUGUACAGCGGUCGGCAGUGACUGUAAAAUAUGUGAGAGUGGGAGAGAGAAAUAUGUGAGACUGGGAGAGAGAAAA